GAACACGACACGCCCUUCAGAAAAUUAUACUCGACAACAGAUUCCGUUCACAUUCAGUUGUAUUUAUUUGUUAACAUGCAAAUGCUCGAUUGUUUUGUAACGACAGAAAAAAGAAUCGAAUUGAAUUGUAAAAUGUCCCGACCAAUCUCUUUCGUUACUGGCAAUGCUAAAAAACUAGAGGAAGUAAGAUCUAUUUUGGGAAGCAAGUUCUGUCGAGAAAUCAUAGCAGUGAAGUUAGACUUGCCGGAGCUGCAAGGGAAAAUCGAUGACAUAUGUAGAAAGAAAUGUAUGGAAGCUGCAAGACUUGUUAAAGGACCAGUACUGGUAGAAGACACCAGCCUGUGCUUUAGUGCCCUAAAAGGACUUCCCGGGCCAUACAUUAAAUGGUUUUUGGACAAGUUAGAACCAGAGGGACUGCAUAAGCUGUUGGACGGAUGGGAGGAUAAAUCUGCGCAAGCAGUAUGCACUUUCGCUUACGCCCCAGAUGAGAAUGGAGAAGUGAUCCUUUUCCAAGGACGCACCGAUGGGGAAAUAGUGUUCCCCCGUGGUUGUCGCGAUUUCGGAUGGGAUCCUAUUUUCCAACCGAUAGGCUUUAAACAAACAUAUGCUGAACUACCAAAGGAAAAAAAGAAUACAAUCUCACACAGGUUUAGAGCCUUAGAUAAAGUUAGAGAUUAUUUCGAAAUGCAGUCUAAAGAAUAGCUUAGAUAGUUAAAUUCAUAUUACUGUACAAAUAACUGAGACUCGUAGAAUGGGAAUUUUAUCAAUUUUAAGGAAAUUUGACUGGGUUAAACCCAAAUUGCAAAUAUGUAGUUCUUUUUAAAUAUAUCUCAAUAUCAGCACCUAAUUAGAUCUUUUAGCGGCAACUACGCGGCUGUUUGACUUAGAUAAUCUUUACAUUGUAAUAAAAUAACUUAAUUAUUCUCAA